AUGUUUCCCGGCACCACCUUUCCAGCAUUCGCACAAUGUUAUUAUGGUAACGCCCCACCAAAUGGGUAUGCACCACAUAAUACCUAUGGUAUUAUACAGCCAACAUCUAUAUAUGGUAAUCCACAUAUAUAUCAAACUUCUUCACAAUCACCGCCGCCAGUUAAUCAACUGUAUGCACCGGCUACAACAAUUUCAGCAACGGAUAAUCGCAACUGUAUACGAACAGUAUAUAGUCGUGAGCAAGUGGACGAGUUAGAGUCCGAAUACAGAGGUUGUAAGUUUGCCAAAGGUGCGCGUAGGAGACAAAUCGCGGAACGUAUCGGAGUAGAUGAAUUAAAAGUAAAAGUGUGGUUCAAAAAUCGACGAGCCAAAGAUAAGAAGCGUUCGGCGAUCACCCCUUCUAAUUCCGAGGAAAACGGGUUAUCUUCUGUUGCAGAAAUAUUGGACUUUUUAAAUAAUCCCAACGGAGAAGCAUCAUCAAUUAGCAAAGAUUCCUUGAAAAGAGUGAGCUACGACGACAUAGAUGACCUUCUGCAAGUAGUUGCGGAUAUUGUUGACGAAGAAAGAGGACUACAAUCGCCGCCUUUAAAAAAACCUAAAGUAGAAAUAUUGGAACACCUUAUAUUCAAUCCAACUACAAAUUGUUGGGUUCGAUACGAUUCUUUAUGUCCGAUGUGA